GGAAACGUCCUGGAGUUUCGAGCUGAGUGACACGUGUUUUGUGUGUGGGGGGGGGGGAAUACAGAUAGAGCCACAUCUGGAAACUUAAAACUGGGCUAAAAACCAGGAAAUAUCAUGGUGUGGCGAUAGGAGAGCAGUACAGAUGCAAUGCACUCAUACCCAUUUCUUUUGCUGAGUACUGUAUUCGCAUGCAGCACAGAUAUACUUUGCCAGUCACCAAAUUCUUCGGCUUUAAACCGAAGAACACUAUUGUCUCAAACUCUCCAUCAACGAUGACCACCAAACGGCGACUCCUGCUCGUUUCUAACUCCACGCUACAUGGAGGAGGUUAUCUGGAGCAUUGCCAGGAACACAUAGUAAAGUUUUUAGGAAAGCAAGUAAAGAGAGUCCUAUUUGUCCCUUAUGCUCUCCAUGGCAGAGAUGAUUAUGCUAAAAUUGCAAGACAGAAGUUUGAAAGUCUGGGUUAUGGCUUGGACAGCGUACAUGAGGCUGAAAAUCCGGUAGAAGCUGUCCAGAAUUGCCAAGCCAUCUUUAUUGGUGGUGGCAACACGUUUCGACUUUUGAAAGCGUUAUACGAUAACAAUUUAAUUCCUGCCAUAAGGAAGAAAGUGCUUGAGGAUGGGAUCCCAUACAUAGGUUCCAGUGCUGGCACCAAUGUGGCAACCAUAAGCAUCAAUACCACCAAUGACAUGCCAAUCGUGUACCCACCGUCUCUCCAGGCUCUUGGUUUGGUGCCUUUCAAUAUUAAUCCUCACUAUCUAGAUCCAGACGCCAACAGCAAGCACAUGGGGGAGACACGGGAACAGAGGAUAACACAAUACCACGAAGAGCAAAACACGCCACCUGUACUAGCAAUACGGGAGGGAUGUUUACUGUUAGUGGAAGGAGACAAAGCAACCCUACUUGGCGUUACAGGAGCCCGUCUCUUCCAAAGAGGUAAAGCUACAUCAGAGCACGAUCCGUUACAUGAUUUCAGCUUUCUCCUGGCUCAUAGCUGAGAGGAGUCAUUGCUUCCGUAAAACUUGAAUGUUCUAAACAAUAAACACAUCACCUACA